UCCAUACUCCAAACCACCAUUCCAAGAGACCAACUCGAAACUCUUUGCACACCAAUUCCCAUCUUCUUCAUCCCUCCAAACCGCUGAGGCCAAUGGCGUUCUCCUACACUUCCAAAGCCUUCAUUGCCAUAAUCCUUGCUCUCAACUUAUUAGUACCACAGGUGCUCGGAGCUGUCACGUGCGAGAGGCUGGACCGAAGCACGUGUGCAUUCGCCGUGUCGUCCGCCGGCACACGGUGCGUUUUGGAGAAGCGUGUGAGGAGGGGAGGACAGGAGGAGUACACGUGUCGCGCAUCCAGAAUCGAGGCGGACGGAUUGAAGGACCACGUCGAGACGGACGAGUGCCUCGAGGCUUGCGGACUCGGCCGUGAUACCCUCGGGAUCUCUUCAGAUUCUUUGUUGGAUUCUCGCUUCACCCAGAAGCUGUGCUCGGCCAGGUGUUUUAAUGGCUGCCCCAACAUCGUCAAUCUCUACUUCAAUCUUGCCGCUGGAGAAGGUGUCUUCCUUCCCAAAUUAUGCGAAACGCACCGAACAAGCAACCGAAGGACCAUGGCUGAGAUUAGAAGCUCUGGUGAGGUGAUGCCAACGUACGGACCGGAGGCUGCAACAUCUAACAAGCUUCUAGCAUAUGCUCCAACUCAAUCCUCUGAUAUUCUUCUCUCCAGCUCUGCAAAGGCGCCUUCUAUGGUGUAAUUUACCUCAAUGAAGGAUUAUAUAUCCAAUGUAGUGUUCUAUAGAUGGCUUUGUAAUAAGGUCGCUUGUAGACCACCAUAAAUAGUUAGAAGGUAAAGAGUAUAGACUACAAAAGGUGUGCAUUUGAAUUUGUUAUUGGUGGUAUUGUAAGGCUUCCACUGGAGACUUAUAAGUAGUGCAUUAUUGUUACUUCACCCAA